AUGGCAGUGCUGCUGUGUGCUGGUCGUGGAGACCUUGCCCAUGCAGGUGCCGGAAGUGAAGACAAUGCCGCGGCCUCGACCGGCGAAGCCGGUGAGCAGCGUGCACCGGAGGCGACAGUGACAAACGAGGAGGAGCCUUCACCAGCUGAAAGUUGGCCAGACAAGAGUUGGUCUGGGCACUGGGAAUGGGAAACCUGGGAGGCUAGGACUGGAAGCAGCAACAGCAGCGGGGAGAACAAGCGGACCAGGCGGACAGAGCCCGAGCCAACUCCACCGCCAGCCUGGCGACAGAAGGCUCAAUCUGAAUUGAGACGUCCGGCGGUUCCCAAAAAUCCUCCGAAAGCGAAAUCCAAGUACUUGCCGCCACCACAGCAAUGCCAAACUACGAAAGGAGGCGCUCUUGGGCCUGCGCCUCCUGCCCGCUUCGGUGAAGAGGAGGCUCUCCUCGAUCGCCUCGGAGCUCCUGGCAACUGCAGACCGCCUCGACGCUUGAGGAAGUCACGGUCGAGCAGAGUGUCCAAGUCCAUGACUUCGAAGUGGUCAUCAGGAGCAUUCUCGACAAGAGCAGCGGUGCCAUCUUGUGAAAGGUGGAGUUCUCCACAGUGGCCCUUCGCCUGCCUCUGUCAGCUCUCAGCGCCGGUUCGGCUCAGGCCAUCUGGCUGCUGGCAGACGGACAUAUCAUGUCAGAAGGCUUUGCUAAAUUGCAGGCACUGGUAUAUGUUCAGCAGCCAUCUUGCGGAAUCUACGCUUGGUAGGUGGACGUUGUCGUCUUUUUGCGGAGUAGAUCGGCUGCCUUCCAAACAGAUCCUCAGCUCCGGCUGUGGCAGAACACCUGCCAUCAUGCUGGCCAAUCAGAAGCUCCUCGUUGAGACCAUGCAGGCGUGCCAUCACAACAGCGACAGCAUCUUGGCCCUCGUGAGCAAGGUCUGUGCCAAGAUGAGCCUUGCCGACGUGGCCUCGGAGUGCGAGCAGGUUCGCGAGGUGCUCAAGGACACAAACUCGAUGUUUGCAACCCUGCACGAUGCCUCCACCGCGGACUUGUCGCAAGUCUUGGCUGAUGUGAAGAAGUACGCGUCGGAAGUGGUGGUUCAGGAGUCGCGGGACAUGCAGUCGACGGUCACCCAAAAGUCGGAUGCGUUGGUUCAGGACGUCAACGAGCGCUUCAAGAAGCUGGAGGCUCGCGUCCUCUCAGAGCUUGGCGGCGAGGAGAAGGGAAGCCAGGCCAGCAAGAGCGACAGCCAGCUCCUGAAGAAGAUGACCAACCGCAUGAGCGACUUCGAGGCACAGGUGUCAACGCAGAUCCAGCAGCUCACACAGGACGUGGAGAAGAAGGUGUCUUUCCUGGGCUCUCAGAGGGCCGGCACGGGUGCAGAUGCCUCGAGCCCCCCAGGCUUGGAAAGCCUCUCACAUGACCUGGAUGCGGUAAAGUAUGACAUGGGCGAGCUGAAGGAUAUGCUGAACGCCUCCAAGACCGACACUUCCCAGGUGAAGCGCAUCGUUCUCGCCUGUGAAAGGGACAUGGAAGACUUCACUGCUGCGAUGGAUGCCGUGAAUGUCGACCUGGAUGAGAUGAGAGCCCGUGUUGACUCAACGCACUCCAUCAUCACCUCGCGCCAGCGCGUGGAAGCCACGGUCACUGCGGAGAUCUCCACUAUGCGCCUGGACAUGGGCGACAUGCAAGAGGCUUUGAAAGCGCACGAUGCCUGGAUGGAGGAUGUGUCGCAGAGUCUGCAGGAGGUGCAUGAGCGCUGCCAGCAGCUGUCCGAAGAUAUUGGCGAGCAUGCUCAGAGCACCCAAGCAAAGCUCGAUGCCAAGACUGACAUCACGGCCUGGAACGAUAUGAACGACGACAUCGAUGCCUCCAUCAAGACUGUCCGCGACAUGGCUUCCGCUCUACGCUUGGAAGUGGACAGCCGCAGGCGCAAGGUGGACGAAGACCUCGGAAGUUUGCGCGAGAAUCUGAAGAGCUUGGCCGAGAAGGUUGACACGAAUGCCGCCAACAUCCAACGUUACGUGGAUGACUCGAACUCCGUGGUGUCCCAACGUCUUGAUGAACGCCACCAGCAUUGCAAGGACUUGGAGACGACCCUGGGCCGCCACGGCGACACUCACCAACAGAUCCAUGCGAAGAUCGAUUCGCAUCGGGAGGAGAUCGACAACAGGACGGCACAGCUGGAAGCUCAUUUACAAAAGCAGGACGAAGACCUCCACAAAGAGGUCAAUGACCGUAUCGACGGUGUCGAGCGCCACCACUCCAACAUCUCCAAGGAAACCUCGAAGCGCCUGAAUGCCUUGGACCUCCGCAUUGCAGGACUUCAGGGUGCCAGUGGUGAGUCCAAGCGCGAUAUCGGGAAGCUGCGUGAUGAGGUGAACAAUUUGACCGUGAAAAGUGCCGCGCAUGACGUGGACAUCGGCAAGAACAGUGACGACUUGCGGAAGCUGGAGCGCCAACGCAUCGAGGACAACCAGCGUCACAAGCAGGAUGUGGAUGGCAUCUAUGAGGAGCUUGAUCAGAAGGUCUAUGAGAAGAAUUUCCAAAGCUUGGAGGAGAACGUCACGAAGCUCACCCGUGGCACAGUCAAACUAUGCCAGGUGGUGGGGGUAUUCCCAGGAGCACGGAUGAACGAUGGCACGGAGGAAGAGCUCGAUGUUGAUGUGGAGCUGCUGAAUUGGGAGGACUGCGCACAGAAUCUGGUGAGUCGGGUUGACAAGACGUGGCGGCAGAUCUCCUCGCAGAAGUAUCGCAGCAUUCUGGAUCUCCUUGGAAAGAAGGCUGACCAUUCCGUGCUACGCCUUCUGCAGAUCUCGCAGCAGCACAUUGAAAGCCAGCUGGAUCGUGUUCGCCAUGAGCGCGAGCUUUGGAAGGAGGUGGUGGACAAGCGGGCGCAGCAGCCGCUGCAGCUGGCUCUGACGUUGAAGGACUCCUGCGACGGCUCAGAGGGGCUUGCUAGCUCCAACAUGAGUAUCGUGAUUACAAAAUUCUAUAUGUUGCACUAUAGUACAUGUACUAUAGGUUUUAAUUUUCAGAAUACAGUAGAAUACAUUGCAAUAGACUCUAGAAUUUAUUAG